GCGAUAUAAAACAGUGCAUUGUUUGUUUCGUUGAUGGUUUAUUGCAACGUUGGUAUUAAUUGUAAUUGUACCUAAAUAUUCAAUAUUCGGAUACAAUUGUUCUCAAACGUAUAACAAAAAAAGGAUGGAAAUAAAUAACGAGAUUGUUCUAUUAAGACAAUGCAUUCGUCAGGCUCGUAUCUGUGUAAUAAAUAAACUGAUCAGAGAAGCGAAAAGGUUACGCAGUGGUAACGGUAGUGAAAAACAAUUGGAAAAAAAUAAGAAUAAGGCGGAUAAACUUUUAAGGGAAGUAUUUGCGUUAAAAGGUAUUAAAGACGAUGAGAUAUCAAAAUUCGGAAUUACUAGGUUUAAAUGCCUGCAAGACAUAUUACAAAACACACACACUGACGAUGGAACUCGGGCUAUGGCAAAAGUUGUUCGUUACAAGUCUUUAAGUUCGAAAAUAAUAGAAUUUCAGGAAAAGUUUCCAGACUACAGCGAACAUAUUUCCUCGAGGAAACAUAGGUAUUCAUCGAGAAGGAAAGGACAUUGUGCUAAGGAUGUCCCAAAGAAGCAUUCGAAUCAAUUACAAUGUGAUACAGACAACACUGUAGAAAAAGUGAACGAAGGGAACACAAAAAUUGCAGGUGAUGUUACAUCUUCUGCCGGUGUACCUUGUGAAAAAAGAAGGAAGGUUAAUGGAGAAUGUAGAAGAUUAUCGGAAGGAAGGGAAUUGAAUACAGAAUCUAAAGACGAUGGAGGUAAGUCAGGGAGGAUAUUACAAAUGCAAGAUGUAGAGAUAGACUCUAGGACUGACCAAAGUUCUAAGACUGUCACUAAAGUCAUUAGCAACGAGGCCAUUGUUAAACCAUUCAUGGAAGUUUUGCAAGAAACAGAAGAACAAAGUGGCAAAUACAAGGAAACUAAAAAUCAACAGUGUUGUAACGAAACAGCGGAGUCAUUAAAAAACACAGACAAUUUUUUUUUACAUAGAAAUAAGGUAACUUUGGAUUCAAGCGAUACUCUGUUUUCUAAAGAGAUAAAUACCAGCGGUCAUCAUCAUAUUAGUCGUGAUAUAUUUAAGUUGCGUGAAAUUAAAGAGAAAAAGCAUAAACUGUAUAACGAAAAAACAUACAAAGAGAGAAAUGAGGGUAGAGGACGAAAAAUGAAUUGUGCAAACAUUUUUCAUGAUCAAAGUGGCGUGAGAGAGAGAAGCGAUACACAUUGGAAGCGAAAUAAGAAAGACGUGCAAGUUAAAGAAGAGGAGAAAAUUAAUAAAGUAAUUUGUCCAGUAUAUGAAAAUCUACAUCCUUCCUGGGUCGCAAAGAAGAAGCAACAAGAUAUUAUGAAACAGGGGUUUCAAGGGAAAAAGAUUAAAUUUGAUGAAAACUAAAUAACAACUUUCGACAUCUCUAUUAAAUACAUUUGUUGUAUAAUUUUUGAAAUGAAGGAACAAUGUUAAUUUUAAUAAACGAUGACCGAUAUAUUGAGAAGGAAAGCUGUAAUUGAACAUUUUAAAGUGAAAUUGACAUCAAUUACAAACACAACGAAUGCAGCUAAAAAUGAUUGUUAAGUCAUUAAUAACUGAAAGAUUUUACUCUUGUUUUUAUUCAAUUAAUCUAAUUUCAAUAAUCAGUAUAGAAAAUGGAUAUCGGUAUACACAUGGAUCAUAAUAUGUUUGAAAGUGUGUAUUUUAAUUUCAGAUAUACAUAAUGUGCUUAAAUUCCUCCCCCUCCUCCACGCCUCUCCCCCCCCCCCUCUCAAGCUAAUAUUGCUCCUUUCCCAAGCAAAUAUUGUUCCUUUCUUUUCUUGAUACUUUGUUCAUUCGUUGCGCCAACAUACUGUACGUCGUAGUACCGUAUGCCGUACUAUAUACCAAUCACAGAAACACGAGAGAAUCGUAUCGAUAUAUAUAUAUUAUCUAUAUACGAGUCUAUUUUUAAACAGCCUGACCUUAUCGAAAUAGAAAUAUUCAAGUUUGAAAAUUUGAUCUCCUAAUCGCUACAGUAAGCCGCUGCAAAAAUGACUUUUCGAUUAAGUAGAGAAAAACGGUUGUUAAAAAAAAUGUUAAAAGGCUAAUAUGUUGCGUGAAAUGACUAGAAGAACGUUUCUUUAAAGAAAACUUUAGCCCGCACCUCAU